GUGCCUUUCCACCGGCGCGGCCGCCUUGCCCCGGCGGGAGCUCUGGGUGAGAGUCGGUCGGUGGGUCGUUGAGGGCGGUUCCGCGGCAUGAGCGGACGUUAGUUGGGCGGAGUGGGGGGCACGGACUCGCCGGCAUGUUGAUCAUUGGGUUGAUGCGCGUUUGUCGCCCGAAGUGUUGCAGGGAUUUCGGAGCAAGGUUGGUGUCAGUUCUAUCAGGAGGAAAUGAGUUGCCAUCAAAUCUCCGUCUCCAAGCAAACUUAAUUCAGGUAGAAAAGAAAGGACCAUCCCCAAUUGAUUCUGGGACACCUGUUUUGAGAAAGUGUGAGAUUCCUAUUCCUUUGCAUCUAAAGCCCAGACAUGCUUGGCUGGAGUCUCUGCGGGACUAUGAAGAUGAGAACUUGGGUGCUGUUGAAUUACAUCCUGAUGUCUUUGCAGUACCUCCAAGAAUUGAUAUUUUACACGAAGUUGCAACUUGGCAGAAAAACUUUAAAAGAAUAAGUUAUGCUAAAGUGAAGACUCGAGCUGAAGUAAGAGGAGGAGGCAGAAAACCAUGGCGACAGAAAGGAAGUGGUAAAGCACGCCAUGGAAGUAUCCGAUCACCAAUAUGGAGAGGAGGUGGUGUUUCCCAUGGCCCUCGAGGGCCAACUAGCUAUUAUUACAUGUUGCCCAUGAAAGUUCGUGUAUUGGGUCUCAAAGUGGCUCUCACCAUGAAGUUUGCUCAGGAUUACCUUCACAUUAUCGAUUCCUUGGAGAUGCCCAGUCCAGAUCCUCAGUAUCUUCUUGACCUGGCAUCACAUAGGCACUGGGGAGAUUCUGUUCUUAUAGUCGAUGUUAAUGAAGACAUGCCAGAAAAUAUUUUAGAGGCAACAAAAAAUUCCAAAACUAUAACGGUGAUGCCUGUCUUGGGGCUGAAUGUUCACAGCAUGCUGAAACAUGAGACCUUGGUUCUAACAUUGGAUGCGAUCAAUUUUCUAGAGAAGAAGCUUUUGUGGCAUGAUACCAGAUUCUCCCCCCUCUAUCCAUUCAAACUACCUUACAGAGACUUUCCUUGAGAAUAAAGUGUGACAUGUGUUUAGAAAAGAGCUUUAUUUUAUUUCAAUAAAAUAAUUGACUUCA